AUGAAGAUAAUAUCAGUUGCCACUGCGCUGGCCCUCUUUCUCAUCACCCUUGUCACCGCACUCAGCAUUCCGCCUGCAGCCCGAGAUGCUACUCUCUCCGCAGAUUCUUCAUCAUUGUUGGAUCUAGUUAAGCGGCGUGGUGGCGGUGGCGGGGGAGGGCGCAGUGGAGGAGGAAGUGGUGGUCGAAGUGGUAGUGGAGGGAGCAGCAGCAGUAGUAGUAGCAGCAGCAGCAGCAGUGGACGCACAGAGAACAGCGGAAGUAGUGGAAGUAGCUCAAGAACCAGCUCUUCAAGCAAUGUCGGGGGCACAUCUCGCAGUGGUUCUGGAACCCGUCCGGCGUAUGGAGGUGGCUACUACUACGCAGGCGGUGCCACUGCCCCUUAUACAGCAGGGGCACGAUCACGUUUGGGGGUGUCGCCUUUUCUCUUGCCAGCGGCCAUUGUCCCUCUCUACUUCCCGGGCCUUUGGUUAUAUGGGGCAUACGUCUACCCUUACAGCUAUCACUACCACUAUAUGAACAAUACCUCGCACAAAAACGAGACAUUACCCGUGAACUGCAUUUGCCAACAGUACUUGGAAUGUGGAUGCGAUGAAAAUAGUAACAGCACUUACUAUGAAUCCUUAUUCAAUGGAACUCAACCUAGGAAUACGAGCGUGGCCAAGGUGGUUGAUGUGAACGGCACGGAAUCAAUCUAUAUCAACGGCACCCUGGCCAACGGGACGACUGCCGCCGAUUCGGCUGCAACUCACUUUGGUGUUCAUGGAUCUGGAUAUUGGAUGAUGGUGGCCGUGGUGGUGGGCAUUGUAUGGACGUAG